AUGAGUAUGUUGGCAAGCACGAGCAGCAACACCGCUUUGGGUGGAUGGACGGUGGUACAAUCAUCCAAAAUCAAAACCAACCGCACUGUUUCUUCUUCUUCACUCUCUCUUCGGAUCUCUGCAACCUGCGACGACCGUCCUCAUGGUCCAUCUUGUAUAUAUGUCGGUCCUCUUCAAACUGCCACCCAAGAGACCCUUGAAGCUCUUUAUUCUCAGGCAAGAGAUGCGUAUUAUAGAGGAGAGCCUUUGAUAGUUGAUGACAUGUUUGAUAGAGUUGAGUUGAAGCUUAAGUGGUAUGGUUCCAAAUCAGUUGUGAAGUAUCCUCGAUGCAGUAUCAGAAGGCAAUCAACAUAUGCUGAUGCUGAGGAAGAUCUAUCUAUGGUUUUUACAUUGGCGAGUACAUGGACCCUAUUUUUUGCAUUUGGUAGUUCCGCAUGUGUUGGACCAAUGUUUUACACCAUCAGCUUGGCUCAUCAAAAUGCAUUUAACUCAGGGUUAUCAUAUGGUAGCCAAGGAUCAGAACUAGGGUUUCUUUUCAUGGUGAAUAUCAUUAUCUUCAUGGCACUCGGUUUUGUCAUAGGAUAUCCAGUUGCUUCAGCUUCAGUUAAAGUACUUCAAGGCUUGUGGAGGAACGACUUGGCAGCACUAAAGGGUUCGUGUCCAAAUUGUGCAGAAGAGGUAUUUGCGUUUGUAAAAACAGACAACGCUAACUCACCCCAUAGAGCAAAGUGCCAUGUGUGUGAAUGCUUAUUGGAGUUUCGCACCGAGAUUGAGCAAUCAACUUCAAGACUUGGUAGACAAUGGGUUUAUGGGCGUAUUUACCUUGUGCGUAGAUCCAGACGCCAAAGGGAGAUGUAA